CGGCGUUUCUCAUUCGAAGACACGCAUCUUUCGGAAAUACAUCUCCACUUAAACCCGGUUUUAACAUUACUCUAGUAUUAAAAUUAGCAUUAUUAUCUAUUCUAUUAUUUAUUCCGAGCUGAUUUUUUAAAUAAUAUUUUAUUUCUAUUCGGCUUUUUUUUUAAAAAAACAAAAACAAAAAACAAUUUCUAUUCUUCAUCAUCAUUAGAAUUUCGUGGUUUAAAAAUAGAGGAAGUGGUUAAAUCCCCGCGUAAAAGAUCAAGCUGAAGAACGGAAUUUUUUCUUUUCUUUCUUUUUUUCUAUAAACCAGAGAAUGAACAUUACUCCUGGAAAAGCUCAAAUGAGCAGCUUUAACAUUUCACCAGAUGAUGACAGCAGCUCUAGUUCUAACAGUGUCGAGUAUCCUAACUGCAACCCCAAGAAAGUGCCACUGAGCAGUCAAUAUGGUGAUGUGGACGCUGAAAGUCAGAACUUCCUCCCCAGCCAAGGAAAGAAGAAAUAUGAAGUUGAAUAUCACCCUGGAACCGCAUCAUUUGGGAUGUCCGUGUUCAACCUGGGCAACGCCAUCAUGGGCAGCGGGAUCCUCGGCUUGUCAUAUGCCAUGGCUAACACAGGCAUCGCACUGUUUGUCAUCCUGCUGAUAGCUGUGUCCAUAUUUUCCCUCUACUCUGUACAUCUGCUGCUCAAGACCGCAAAUGAAGGAGGUUCUAUGGUCUAUGAGCAGUUGGGGUACAAGGCUUUCGGGUUGCCUGGUAAGCUUGCAGCAUCAUGCUCCAUCACCAUGCAGAACUUUGGAGCCAUGUCCAGCUACCUCUACAUUGUGAAGUAUGAAUUACCAAUAGUCAUCAAAGCGUUCGUCGGAGAUGAAGGGGCAUGGUACACCAACGGAGACUACCUGGUGUUGCUUGUUACUCUCAUCAUAAUUUUGCCACUUUCACUGCUUAAAAAUCUGGGAUACCUUGGCUACACAAGUGGGUUUUCGUUGUUGUGCAUGGUCUUCUUCUUAAUUGUGGUGAUCUAUAAGAAGUUCCAGAUCCCCUGCCCUUUACCCACCGACCUCUUCAACAUGACAUUAAACAGCACGCUCUCACAUCUGCAGAACCACACAGCCACCGUCUAUAAUGAGGACUCUUGCAGACCCAAAUACUUUGUCUUCAACUCACAGACUGUGUAUGCCGUGCCCAUUCUCACCUUCGCCUUUGUGUGCCACCCGGCCAUUCUGCCCAUGUACGAGGAGCUGAAAGAUCGUUCUCGUAGAAAGAUGCAGGGUGUGGCUAAUGUGUCUUUCCUGGCCAUGUUCAUCAUGUAUCUGCUCGCUGCUCUGUUUGGAUACCUGACCUUCCAUGAUGUGGUUGAGCCUGAACUUUUACACACGUAUUCCAAGGUGUACAAAUUCGACGUGGUGCUGCUGAUUGUACGUCUGGCUGUUCUGACCGCUGUCACUCUUACUGUCCCUGUUGUCCUCUUUCCUAUCCGCACCUCUGUGAAUCACUUGUUAGGCGCCUCUAAAGACUUCAGCUGGAUCCGUCACAUCAUCAUCACAGUAAUUCUGUUGGGUGGGGUCAAUGUGCUCGUCAUCUUUGUCCCAACCAUUAGGGAUAUCUUUGGAUUCAUCGGUGCUUCUGCUGCUGCUAUGCUGAUCUUCAUCCUGCCAUCUGCUUUUUACAUCAAGCUGGUGAAGAAGGAGCCUUUGAAAUCUGUGCAGAAGAUAGGGGCAAUCCUGUUCCUGGCCAGUGGCUUCCUUGUCAUGUUCGGUUGCAUGAGUCUGAUCAUCAUGGACUGGGUCCACAAUGCUGGUGCAUCCGAGGGCCAUGACGGUCACUAAGCUGCAGCGUGACUGACUGGUAGGCUGGAAGUGUCUCUACCGGUACUGAGCUGCUGUCCGGUCCUUUGCCGUACAACAACAAACAAAAUAGACAAACCCUGCUCUUCUUCCAGCUCAGAGCAAAGAACUUCAUACCAUUCUGAGAGAAUGUGCUGAACUCUGUACAGUAUGCUGUUAGGCCACAAAGAUGGUGCUUUGUCUUCUAUUUUUGUUGCCAUGAGAAGAUUUUAUAUUGGUUUCUCUGCUUUUUCAGUCCUGGUCAUCCAAAUUCUGAAGCAUUACAGAAAUUGUGAAUCGUAAUGUAAAUUGAGAGACUGAUCUCAGUGCACAUUAUUCAGUAUUUAGCUUCUCAAACUCGCAAACUCCCAAAACCCAACUUUCGCAACUCACUCUCUAGACCUAGUAUUCGACUUCUCUUUUUACCUUUGCCAAAAAUCUUUCCUACUAAGUUUGUAUAUUGAAAAGCACUUAAUACGUGAAACUAUACACGAACGUCUUCAAGUCCAAACUUUACUACUCAGCUUUGAUCGUACUAGUUACAAUGUCAUUUUGACUGUAUUAUAUUAGUCAACUUGUUAAAAAAAACAUGCUUAGAUUUACUAAUGAACAAAAUUCUUAUCUUUAGUCUUUCACCUGAGGUUUUGGUAGUCGAACAAGACACUGUCGGGAAAAAAAUAGGUACAUUUCAAUUCCUCAAGGUACUAUAAUUGAACGUUGUAACGGUACACUACAAAUGGAGCACGGAACAAUCUAUCCACCAGUUUAUUACUCUUUUUUUCGAAUGAAUGAAUGAAGAAUGAAUUUACUACCAAACACUGAAAACGUAUUCGAGAGUAUAUUUUACAGCAAUAACCUCAUUGCUCAAAAGGCAAAACUGAAAAAUAAAUUGCUGUUGUUGUGACUGUUCGAAUUCACCAAAGUAUUUCUUUGAAGAAAAUUUGUAGGUCUUAUCCACAUACCGUGGUUAAGAACGACAGAACUACACGGACAAUACAUGAACGUUUUCCAAAAGAAGUAGAAGAUGAGGCUUUUAACAAUUCCAUCUUCAGUAUUUAUUAUCCGUCGGCAGCUUUUUGAUCGUUCAUCUGAGGGAGUGAGAGAUGGAGGAGGGAAAAAAACAGGAAGGCGGUAAAGGAGAGGGAAAAGGACAAGAGGGAUUAUUUCAAAUUGUCACAUCCACUGGUUUGUCAUGAGCUGCUGAGUCACCACACACCACACACACGUUAGUACAACCUCACUCUGCUUCUAGUCACUAACAUUGUGUCAUCUAAAAUGUAUUGUCCAGUACUUAUUUAUAGAAAAACAUCAAUGUAAUUUAAUCUAUUUUACUAUAUUUAUAUAUUGUAAAUAUGUGUAUAUAUCUAGCCAAUGAAAUGUACAUGUAUGUAUAUAUAUAUAUAUAUAUAUAUAUAUAUAUAUAUAUAUAUAUAUAUAUAUAUAUAUAUAUGCAGUUUAUAUUGCAGUCACAUAUAUGUAUUUUUUCCCCUUUUUUCCCUUUUUGUUUGUCAGUUUGCUCAAGUAUAAUUAUCUAUGGGUUUUAUUGCCCACUGGUUUGGGUAAUAACUGUCUAAUGUUCAAUCUCUGUUCCCUGCAACGUGGCUGGAUAUGAAAGAUUUGACUUGAAAAAAUGUUUCUUACAAUUACAAGAGUCCACGCUGCUCAUAGCAACUUGUGCUGCACCUUUCACGUACAUUAAGACUAGACUGCUGUACUUAAAGGCGACAGAGGGCGAGGACUUCAACCCUCGAGUAAGAAUGGCCAGUCGUACAAGUGCUCUUGUUUCAAUGAAACACUAUGUAUAUCAUGUAAUUACUGUUCAAUAAACUAUAAAGAUUAAGAA